UACCACCACCACCACCAACCACCACACCCCUCCAAGCCAGCCUCCAUUCUCCUCCCAAGAUUCACAUCGGCGGGCGUUGAAACCACUACGGCCAGAUUGUAGCACGCGCGCGCGCACACACACACACACAGGCGACACACACGCACACGCAGACACAGGCCGCACGCACACACACACACAGACACAGGCGCACACAGACACAGCGCCCGGGGCCAGCAGGCGCGACUUGGGAGUCGCAGUUGGGGCGACGCGGGGCAGGACGAGACCCACUCCUCCUCCUCCUCCGUCGUCACUGCAGCCCGUACCGGUCGUCACAAUUAAUAAAACAGUUGCCUAAGUAUAUACAAAUGCUGCGUGUACAAUAUUGUACGUACAGAGGGAUGGGAGAUCGGCUAGCUUAGCUUCGAAGGAUUUUUAUUUGCGGUAUAUAUAUUUUAAAAAAAUACUUUUAAUUCCAUGAGGAUUUUUUUUUUGAUGUGGUUGUACAUGCGGAGAGAGUGAAAGAGGCACGUCCAGGUUAUAUAUAUGAGUUCAGUAUUCAAUGCAGGCUUUGCCAAUCACUUAACACGAGGAAGGAUAUCAUUAUAAUUAUUAAUUAUUCUUGUGAAUUGUGAGAUCAACCCACCGCUACCGGGUUUUUUUCCAAGCAAGGAUUUACGCGGACAGCCCCACCAACCACGGAAGCCGAGCAAGCAAGAUACAUUGAGCCAAACACGUGAAGCAAGAAGACGAGACGACAAGUGAAUUUAAACAUCCGUAGCAACUAACAAUCAACGACUCGACGGAACUCAAGAAGACACCUUUUUUGAGUUAUCUCCAUUAUUCUUGUGCGUUAUUAUCUUAUAUAUAUAAAAUAACAAUUGAAUUUUUUUAAAUAAGUUUAAUGUAUUUAUGCUACGCUAUACAGUUGCAAUAGGCUGGACAAAUCGAGAGAAGAUCGGCAUUUAAAGGAAUACAUCUGUGUUUGCGUAUAUAUUUACAGUGUUUUUUUAAAUACUUUUUUUUAAUCUGAAGAGAAAAACGAAAGUUUGCCAAAAUAUCAGCGUCACCAGCGAUGUAUUCGCCGCUCUGUCUAACUCAGGAUGAGUUCCACCCGUUCAUCGAGGCGCUGCUGCCGCACGUGCGCGCCUUCGCCUACACGUGGUUCAACCUGCAGGCGCGCAAGCGCAAGUACUUCAAGAAGCACGAGAAGCGCAUGUCCAAGGAUGAGGAGCGCGCCGUCAAGGACGAGCUGCUGGGCGAGAAGAGCGAGGUGAAGCAGAAGUGGGCCUCCCGCCUGCUCGCCAAGCUGCGCAAGGACAUCCGGCCCGAGUUCCGCGAAGACUUCGUCCUGACGGUGACCGGCAAGAAGCCGCCCUGCUGCGUGCUCUCCAACCCCGACCAGAAGGGCAAGAUGCGGCGCAUCGACUGCCUGCGCCAGGCCGACAAGGUGUGGCGCCUCGACCUGGUCAUGGUCAUCCUCUUCAAGGGCGUGCCCCUGGAGAGCACGGACGGCGAGCGGCUGGUGAAGUCGCCGCAGUGCGCCAACCCGGGCCUCUGUGUGCAGCCGCACCACAUCGGCGUCUCGGUCAAGGAGCUCGACCUCUACCUGGCCUACUUUGUGCACUCGCAAGAAGGAGGCCAGACGGGAAGUCCGAGUCACGAGAACAUGUCUGCCAGCGAAGCUGAGAUCAAAUCAGAAAACGGACACCUCAGCUUCCAGGAUAUCUUUGUAACUUCCGGAGUCUUCAGCGUCACAGAGCUGGUGCGGGUGUCGAGAACGCCGAUCGCGAGCGGAACCGGUCCCAAUUUCCCCGUGGAAAUGGAGAGCCAGUCCUACUACAGCAUGAGCCCCGGUGCCGCCAUGAGGAGGUCUCUGCCCAGCACUUCUUCUGCCGGUUCAAGGCACAAGCCUUGUUACACGUGGGACACAACGAUGAGCAAGAGACACAAGUCGAGCACGUCCCUGGACGAGGACAGCCCCGAGGAAGGCUUCUACAACCGGUCGCCUGCGAGCAGCAGCCAGUCGAGCGGCUGGCACAAUGACGUGGAGUCCGGCGGCGCCCACCCCGCGUCCUCAGCGCUUCACUUCCCAAGCUCCCCCAUCAUUCAGAACCCGCCGUACCCCUUCUCGGCGCACGCCCACACGGCGAUCCGCUACCACCCGCCGCACCCACCGCCCCACGACCCCCUCAAGGACUUCGUGCAGCUCGUGUGCCCCGAGGGGCAGCAGGGCAGCCACGUGGGCUUCCUCAACCCUGGCGGUGGGGGCCAAGCCAAGGUGACGUCCGCACUCUUCCCGACGUCCAUGCUGCCGCCCCCUCCACCGCCGAUGCCGAGGCCCGUGCCUCUGCCCAUGUCCGUGACCGACACGAAGCCCAUCAGCACGAGCAGCGACGGAGGCACGCCCUCCCCGACGUCGCCCACUUACUCCUCGCCCAUCACUCCCCCUACCAACCGCCCCUUCAUGAGCUUGGGACCCCGAGACCCCGGCCUUGUAAAUAUACAUUCCCAGCAUCCGCAGUUGCUGUGCAGCAGUCCAACACAGCAACUCAGGGCUACAGGGAAGAUGGUGCCAUCUCGUGGACAAAACAUUACGCCAUGGUACUUGGGAUGAAAAGCGGAGCUUUCCAUCCUCACCAUUCAAGCAGCACUCCGCCAGACCACUUCCCAAGCUUCUGACCGAAGGCAAAAUAAAAACAGCUAAAAGCAACGCCUCGAUUUUUCCCGCCAAAUUCUCGAUCGAUGGGGGUAGGAGAAAGUCAACAACGGAAACCAGGAAAAACUAAAAAAAACGAGCAAAACAUUUUUAAAAAGAAAAAAAAAGACAACAACAACCGCAUCAACAGCAACGACUUAAAGAGAACUUGAACAAAUGGACCGACGCACGGACACGUCAAAACACGAACGCGCAGUCACGCACGCACGCACGCGCUGCCGCCCGCCGCACCAUACACGCACGCACAUACCGUACAGAUGAACUCAUCCGGAACUAACUGGAGACUUGCAUGAUUAAAGUGCGAACAGGUCGCCUCAGCGGACAUUUGUGUUGCAGCAGCAGCGGCGGCGGCGGCGGCGGCAGCGGCAGCAGCAGCAGCAGCAGCGUUAGACGGACUUCAUUGCUUUUCUUGUGGAGCGAGCGGUUGGGAGGCAGUGAGUUUCUGGCCUUGCAAGACACCGACCAGGGAAUCCGGAGGUGAAAAUGACCCCGUGGGGGGGGUGGGUGGGUGGGGUGGGGGGGGGGGGCCACCCCGGGACCCCCUGUCACAUGACCUAAAAGCCAAGCAGCCGCCCGCACGUGAGUGUGACACAACAUUUGCCGGGCGUUAUUCGCCCCCUGACCGCUGAUUUGCGAACACGCAGGCGGACGCCACCGCACACCGGGCUACGCGUGCGCGUGUGCGCGCGUGCGUCCGUGUGCUGACGUCUGUGGUGAGUGAAGCGUGAUCUGUUGAUCGUGAACACGUAGUGAGGAAUUUGUACGAUGCUUAAAAUGAAUGAACAAAUUGUCAAUUGUAAUAAUAGUAACAUUAGCACCAUUGUAGUUGUUAUUAUUAUUACAAUUUUAAGAAUAAUGAGUUGCCCAAUGUUUUUGCUUAAAAUUAACAAAUUUAAUUUGCUGGAAGGAUACCCAUAAUGCAUCUUCGGGUAAUUAUCUACCCAGUGUGUUCUCCGCAGAUAUGUAAAUUGUGUCCUUGGGGUUCUGGACUGCGCCCGCGCGUGUGUCUCUUGUUUCAAAACCACUCUCACGCUCCUCCGAGCUAUCUCAUACGUCUUAUACGAGUCCAAACUAAAAUAAAUAAAAUGAAUAAAAUUUACCAACAAUUAAAACCAGGGUGGGAGGGGGUAGUGGUGACACGGUCCUAACACAAGGGCCUUCAUCUCUCACCGAAUAUUUUCCUGGCCCACCGGCAGACGAGGGUGGGAGGGGGUAGUGGUGACACGGUCCUAACACAAGGGCCUUCAUCUCUCACCGAAUAUUUUCCUGGCCCACCGGCAGACGGGAGGUUAGGGCGCACGCACGACCAGCCGCAUCCACAGCCAUCGGCAGCGAGAGAUACCCACUGGCGCGGUGUGCCGGGGAUGCAGGAAGUGUUUUUCUCCAGGUCCGCUAACCCCUUGAAAUGAAUCCCUGCGAUUUCGGAUGUAAAGCGAAAGGUUUUUUUUUGUUCAUUAUUUCUUCCCAUGAAGAACUGCACGGCCACGAUGACCUGCUGUGCUCCCAACCGCGAACCGUUUUCUAACAGAGUUGUAAUUCACUAGUGUGAUGGUGCUGUGAUGAAUAGAAUUCAGGUUGUUGUUGUGUCGCCUGGCCAGUCGCCUAUUCCCAUUUUUACUUAUUAACGCUGUUGUUUUUUUUUUGUUCUCCUCCUCCUCCUCGUGAUCACGUCAAGUGGUGGUAACGUCCCGACGAGAGUCGUGGACGUCGCCACAAAGUGCAUUCUUCUUCAGUAGAAUCCGAUUACGCAUCGAAGGGAUCAGCUGUCGCUCGUGUAGACGUGUGACCGCUGUUUUUUUCGUUUGUGCAUGCAGGGGACGGGGGGUGGGGGAAAAAAAGACAAAACACACUCACCGGAUAGAUAGAUAGAUAUACGCGUCCAUUUCGCUUUUACCUUUUGGUGCAAAACUUAAGUCGCACGUGAAAAACAAACUCAAUUUUUUUAAUAUAUAAAAACAAAAUACUCGUCGAAAAAAACCCAGCGGAAGAGCAGUUUGAGUCAUCAGAAACGGAGCAGAUUCACCGUUCGUGCGUCUCGCGACGAAAUAUAAUGAUGUCAUGGUGCCAUCAAUGGUGCAUACUCGCCUCGUUUUAAACAGAAGAAUGCAUUUUUCGUAAACUUGAGCUGAAUCCGAGAGUUUCGUUCGGGGGGGAGUCUUGAACGGCAGUUUUGGUGUUUCACGCAGAAGAUGCUGUUUUCAUGAUUACUAUGAAAGUUAGAUGCUUAUUAACGAUAUAAAUGUUUGCGCUACAUUGCAUCAGGAGUAGGUUUUUUUUUUCAGCCGAUGUGACGGGGCAUUAUCCAGUAGCUGCGUGGGUAUUGACGCACGGUCACGGGAUAUUGGUCGCGACUCUAGCACUGUCGCGACCGCUCCAGACCGGGUUAGAUUCCAAUUAUCGCGCUUUUCAAACAACGCACUCGUUUUUACAAACUUUAAAUCGCGCGCAUUCGUAGCGCUCACCUUUGAGCUGAAGUUGCACACACUCGCGUACGUUUAAACACACACACACACCACACGCGCAAACCAUCCUCCCGUUGUAGAAUUGAAUGUGACCACGCAGUUACUGUUUAGUGUCGUUUUGUCAUCGAUAGACGUGUAUUUUAUAAGGUGCGUUCGCUUGUUAAACACUUCACAGGAUUCACAAACGCGUACGGGACACGCACGGACACACACGCGCGCACGUGCGUGCGUAAAUACGGGCGCGCGCGCUCGCGCACUCGACGCGGUGUUUAAACAACCGUUUAAAUAUAUACAUAUAAA